CUUUCUUUCUUUCUUUUUUUUUUGAGAUUUAGAAACACUGGUCGUUGUGGCAACAUACAUUCUCAUAAACCAUGCCACCCAAAAACAAGGGCUCAAGUAAAAAGCCUCCAAAAGUAAAGACGCCUACACUGAUUGAUGGUCUCACCAAGGAUGAAAUGACCAAAGAGCAGCUGGAGGAGCACAUUGCACGCCUUCGGGAAGAACUUGAUAGAGAGAGGGAGGAGAGAAACUAUUUUCAGCUGGAGAGGGACAAGAUUCAAACCUUCUGGGAUAUUACUGAGAGACAACUGAAGGAGGCCAAAGCUGAACUGACAAACCUAGACAGAGACGUGGAUGAAGAUCAGAAGCACCAUCAAAUAGAGACUAAGGUGUACAAACAGAAGAUGAAGCAUCUUCUGUGUGAACAUCAGAACACAGUCUGUGAGCUGAGUGCUGAUGGAUUAGCUUCCUCUGAGGUGAUGCAGACGAAGAAAACAGAGUUAGAGAAUGAAAUUCAUGAUAAAAUCAUGUCCAUCAGGGUCGACAUACAAGAACGUGACAAUGAAAGCCUUGUCAAAGAGACUGAAAAAAAACAUGAGGAUGAAAUACAUAAAACAAGGGAGAGCUUGGAAAAAAAAUUCAGAGAAGUCGAAGACAAAUAUAAAAGAAAGUUGGAGCUGCUGAGGGAGGAACUGGACAACAAAAGAAAAUCAGAGAUUUGUGAGAGGGAGGAGCACUGGAACAAACACAUCGCCACUAUUAUGGAAGUGCAUAAAAAAGCACUCAAUAAGGCCAGAGAGUUCAUAAACAGCACAGAAAAGGAAUUAGAUCUGAACAUUUCACUAAAGAAAGAAAUUGAAAAUGAAAACAUGAAGUUGAAACAGAAGGAAAAGGACCUCACGUCUGUGCUGCAGGAUAACAAGCACCUUGCUGAGUGUCUCUCCAAAGUCAAAGAGGAGACGUUUCAAAUUGAGAAACAGAUGAAGCAUUCGAUGUCAAAACUGAGGAACAAUGAAAGGUUCAAGGAAAGGCAACUGAAUAAUCUAAUGCGUGAGCACGAGCUUCUAAAAAAUAAAUUUAGAGAGAUUCAGCAGGAAGGGGAUGAGCUGUCUAAGUCAUUUACUCGAAGUUUUCAGAAGCUGCAGCAAAAAACAGAUGUCAAAAACAUUCAGCUUGAAAAGAAGCUGAACUCCUUGACAGACACUGUGGAGAAAACACAGACACAGCUCGUCUCUGUGCUCUCAGCUGCUAAUGUGGACCAAACUGCUCAUCGUGGAAUCAUAAACAAAGUGGAGGAAACAGUUGACUCCAGAAAUGAUUCUUUUAAGGACCUCCAACAUAAAAAAGCACAGAUUUGCAAGGUCCAUAAGGAUUUGCUGCUUUGGUAUGAAUCAAAGCUCCAAACUCUCGGCGUCCCUGCGGAGGAGCUUUGUGUAAAGCCCCCAGAGAGCAAUCGUGCUUGAAGGAGUCUGGAACAGGACCCUGCUGACUGUGGACCAACCAAAAAUAAGAAGCACUAAAUCAAAAGUGUCCUCAACAGCAGAUCUUUAAUUUUAGUGUCAUGUCAUAUUACACACUUGAAUAUUUGUCUUAUUUUCCCUCAACAAAAACAACUGAAAGGUGAAAUAGUACUCAUAAAAGAACUGAAGACAGAAAUUUUCACUCCAUUGGUUAUUGGCUAGAAUGCUUUUCUCUUUGGUGUUACAAUUUUUCAAAAGACAUUAAAUACUGGAAUUAAUAAUGCUAUACUUCUAGCUCAGCAUGAGUGCGUUGCAUCCUUUUAUACGUUUACAGUGUUUGUUUGAAACAUAUUGUUUCCAUUCUCUGGUGAUUUACAUAUGUGCUUCAGUGUGUUUACUGAAAUUACAAAGAUUAUCAUGUUGUAUUUAUCAAAGACACAACUGUGGACAUUAGUAAUCUAUUUAUGCUGACUGUUUUUUAUGACAGGUUGUGCUUAUAUGUUAGUCUAAGUUUGAAUCCAAAUGCACUUCUAGUAGAAACUGAAGGUUCUGGUUAGUAUCAAAAACAUCUGUCAUCACCAGCAGUUGUCAGUCAGUGGUACCAAGUUAUAUAUGAGUGUCUCAUAAAGCUACAUCAAACCUAAUGUAAAGAAACAGGAAAUCUGUCAUCAUCCGCUAAGCAGAUUAGAUGAUGUAAAGGCACCACAGUUUGUGCUACACAUGGAGGUCAUUACACAAUGUGCCGUCAGUGAUGACUGAAUGUCUACAGAGAGGUUAAACCCACCUUCAGAGAACUGAAAUACGCAGAGGGGGUUCAUCUGAGAUGUUUUAUUUCUGUGUGUAUGUAUGCUUCAUUA